GUGCGUCAUACGUAGUAUGUACCAAAAUUUCUGCGCUUAUACCUGCACAGACACAUACAUAGCCUUUAAGAUGGCGGAUAAAUACAUGAAGACUGGUGUGCCGUGAGCGCGUUUCCAUCCGCUUGGAACUCGCAAGGUUUCACGACGCCCAUCAAGGUUCUUGCUCAUUAUUACAUGACUGAAAAGAAGAAGUUAUCGUGUCAAGACUUCAAAUAGUCAAUUUCUCUUCGGGUUUCCACUUAGACGUGCCAAGCAGCUGGAGGAAGGCCAAGGGAAGCUGUGUGGGGGAUAAAAACGGGCUAGAAUAUACUUCGCGAGAACGCCAAGUAUAACUUCCUAAGUUAUCAAAAAGCCGAAGCACCUUGAUGGCCAAAAAAGAGACUUCUGAAGCGAAAAACCCCAUUUAAAUAAUUGCAAAAAUCUUUCUUCAAUUAUAUUAUGCGGCUCUGCCAAUAGGCCUCUCCAUUCAUUCAACGCAGCUACGACUCGCCAUAAACCACCCCCCUAUUUUGGGAUUGGACAGAGGCCACAAUCGACUUAAAUACACUUGGAAGCAACAAUACACGUACUUUUGGCAUUAUGGGUUGGUCCCGGAAGCGGCCGACAGCCCUUUCACUUGCCGUUAUUAUCGCGCUUGACGUUUUUUCCUACGCCAAAGCAUCAUAUAUCCCUCCAAGACCUAUAUCACAGGGUCCAAUGACCACACCAGCUCCUACAGUCCCUCGAGCUACUGAAAGUUUUACUGCUGUAUCAGAAUGCCAUAUGCACGGCGCCUCAGUAUUCUGUCUCUAUGGUACAACGGAGCUUCAAAUGGUGGUACCGGCGACAGGAACUAGCGAAAUCCCUCCAACAUACACAGGCUGCCAUAAGCACGGGGAUGAAUCAUUUUGUCUUGCGCCCGAUGGCUCCGACGUUGAAGUCCUCGGUCUUAACAGCGAGGACCCAGCCGGCCACUCAGAAGAGAGCGACGCACACAGUGAGAGCGAGGGACAAAAUUGCCAUUUCCAUGCAGGGGUUGAACAUUGUGUCGGCGGGUCGAGCGAGAGUGGCGUAGCACAGUGCUCACGACGAGAUCGAGACUACAACGUCCCUCUUAGGAUUGGACUUCUCUUCGUUAUUCUAGUCACAAGCUUCAUCGGCGUCGCAGGGCCAAUAUUCCUCAAACCUAUACUGCCACAGAAGUUCCAGCCAGUUUUCCUCAUUCUAAAGCAAUUCGGCACCGGAGUUAUAAUAGCAACAGCAUUUGUCCACCUUUUCACGCAUGCCCAGCUUAUGUUCACCAAUGAGUGUCUUGGAGAGCUUAAGUACGAAGCAACAACAGCUGCGAUUGUCAUGGCCGGGAUGUUCUUCGCAUUCGUAAUAGAGAACGCGAGUCAUCGCUUAGCCCAAAGGUUCUGGGCAAGAACUCAGUACAACAGCGAGGUAAUUGGUGUCGCAGUACUUGAAGCUGGCAUAAUAUUUCACUCACUUCUGAUCGGCGUUACUUUGGUGGUUGCAGGGGACAGCUUCUUCGUAACUCUUUUUGUUGUCAUCCUCUUCCACCAGAUGUUUGAGGGUAUAGCUCUCGGUACCCGCAUUGCCUCUGUUGGUCAUUUUAAUAGAGCUGAAGGAGAAAAUGCCAAUCAUGCACAAUUAGCCAGGGAUGAUACCACGUCCACACAAGUUCCAACAAUCACGGACAAUGGAGACUCUCUGCAGGAAAGUAAGGAUUUGAAUUCGUUACAAAUGUCCCAGAAAUUUCUAAUGGCUGCCGCCUUUGCUUUGGUCACUCCGGUUGGUAUGGCGAUUGGUAUUGGGGUUCUGAAUCAGUUUAAUGGCAAUGACCCCAAAACACUGAUUGCUCUGGGGACUCUCAAUGGUUUAUCAGCCGGUAUACUCAUAUGGGUUGGAGUUGUGGAGAUGUGGGCAGGAGAUUGGAUGUUUGGUGGUGAAUUGGAAAAUGCAGGGGCUGUGAUAACAACUCUUGGAGGAUUAGGACUGGUUGCGGGAAUGGCUCUAAUGAGCUUUUUAGGAAAAUGGGCAUGAGGAUGGCAACGUCAUAAGAAAUCAUAGAUUUCAUUUCUAAAACUAAUAUCAUUCUGUCAUAGAGUCACGGCGCUUCUCUGGUGACUAAAGAGAAAACUUUGAUACUUGAAAUAUGUCCCAAUAUUUCGUAUUUGGACCUUACCUACUUCUCUUAAA